GAAAACUUGACCCCGCUAUCGGCAAUAAUCGGAAAACUUUCCGUUUUUACCCUGGGAUGCAUGUCUUUCUUGAAUCCGUCCCCCGCUCAUCAUGAUCGACUUAAGCCAGCGCUCUCGAGUUUCAUGGUACUGAACUUUUGCAUUACAAACCCAGAUCCAAUUGGUUUCAUAAUCAUGAUAAUGGGUGCAACCAUCUUUGAUUCACUCAUAGUGUGGGGUUCAUCUUCAUCAUUUUUACCCCCCACUAUUCUCAGGAUUAGCCAUAAACGAACCGAAAAACUCUGGCGGGAACUUCUGUAGCUACAAUCGAAAUGAUUUUUGAAUUUCGAGAAAACGGGACCUUACAAAAUAACGUACAAUUCUUCUCAGACGUCGUUAUUACGAUUUGGAUUGCAGCGGAUGAAUGUCGAGGCCAUUGUCCGAAACCAAUUAAGCUAGGUGCCAAAAAAGCCAUUACCUCUGCCGUACCUUUGUAAACCGCCAUUUCAACGAAGGCGACCAGGACAAAUAUCCAACCGCAUAGCUGAUAUACUGAUAAUGGUAGUCAUCCUGCAUUAUUAUUUGACCGAGUUGU